AUGGAGCUGCACAAGGGCCUGACCUUUAACCUGGAGGUUCUCCAGCAGCAUCAGGUAGGCAUGAGACAGGUGGCUCACCUGGUGAUGGUGCUGCACAGGAUGAAACACACCUUUCAGAAGUCCGACUCCACACACACUCCGCUGGGCAUGGAGUGCACCGACGACCAGCUUUCCAGCAUCAUCAUGGACAACCUGUUGGAAUGUGUGAUGGAGCGGGUCCAGGAGCCAGAGGGAGCGGUGGAUAAACAGGCUGAGGGGACCUUCAAGCGACUGGACAGCCCACAGCAGUGCACCCUGUGUGACAGUUACCAGAAGAGCCUGGUGCACAACCCUGAAACCAUGGUGCUACGUGCCGUUACACUGCGGGGCGGCAUCGACCACCAGAGAGCAAGGUUCAACCUCUCCAUGUAUAAUUUUAAUAUGAAGAACUCCCACACUAUCCAGGCCCAGCCGGUUGCCUUGAGGAUUGCCAGUAGCGACUUCAACUUGUCCUGCUCCAAGCAGACAGACAGCACAGCUCCCAUCCUACAGUUGGAGGUUUCUGACGACCAGUUGAGGACCAUCAGCGCUCAGGGAGACACAGCCCGCUUCCUCUUCUACAUGACAACCAAAGGCAUCUCCCUGACCACCUUCGAGUCGGCCAAGUACCCCGGCUGGUUCAUCAGCACCUCACUGGAGCAACGCCAGCCCGUAGCGAUGUGUCAGAAAGAGGACCUCAGAAAGCUCACCAACUUCUAUGUCAACAACUAAACACGCAACACACACCCAGUCCCAAGAGUGUAUAUACCAAGUACAGCCAGAGAGAGAGAUCAGACAGAUGGAUACUGUAGAGGUGUUGAAUUGAUAGACCCUUCUACCACCACACUCUUCGGCUGUCCCCAUAGGAGAACCCUUUUUUGGUUCCAGGUAGAACCCUCUGUGGAAAGGGUUCUACAUGGAACCCAAAGGUAUUCUACCAGGAACCACAAUUGUUCUACUUUGAACCAAAAGGGGUUAUUCAAAGGGUUCUCCUAUGGGGACAGUUGAAUAACCCUUUUAGGUUCUAGAUAGUGCCUUUUUUUCUGUGCACCAAUGUCUUUUGAAAGUGGUUUGGUUGUAAGUGAGUGUGUGAUGUGACCAGCAGGUGGUGCUGUGUGUUCAUUCUCUCUGCAGUGUUGAGUUGUGGCUCAGUAGCCCCAGCUCUCUUUCAGGGACGGCCCAGUUACUACUGAUCACGCUGUUGGCUACAGACAGGAUCAAGAGACCUUGCUCUAGCUUGGCAAAGUUUUCGUCACAGACCGUAAAUGCUCAGUAUAAAAAAAAGUAACUUAAUAUUGAAUUCUUUAUCUUAUGGUUUCAGUACCACCAGCUAAGUACAGUAGAGUAGAAUCAUUAAUUGUCCUCCAAGCAGGACAGUUCUCUUUUGUUUUUAUGUAGUCAACUUUCUGUACUAUUGGGUAAUAUCUAGUUAUGGGAAAAUGUUUUUUAAUGUGUCUGUUUGUGCUCUGACUGAAUGAUCUGCUUCGUAUCAGUGAAGAGGAGAAUUACAACCUAUUUAGUUUUAUUUCCUAUAAGAAAGUUCAUUAUUUUUCCUUGUCUAACAUUGCAAAUGUCAUUUUUAUUUGGAGUAUUAUCCACUGUGAAAUUAUGACAUCAAUGCUAUUUUGUUUAUUUUCUAUAAGAAAGUCAGUUAUCCCUUUUCUAC